CAGGGGGGGGGCUGUGGCCGGGAGGCCCGUGUAGCGGCCCCGGCCCCUUUCUCCGCUCCUUCUGAAGCACUUCUGGGUCAAAAUCUCCCCGAGGGGAAAAAGGAGGCGGCCCGCAGGCGGGCUUUCCGCUGGAAUCCGGCGGAGUCAGGACAUGAGGUACCUCAGAACUGAAUACAGUAACCAUACAGGAUGAAAAAAAACGGCGUUCUGUUUUGCAGAUACUCGAGUUUGUAACAACACGGUUUACUGUGAAAAAUGAAAGAAGAAUCUUUCUGGACACUUUAACAAUAGCUGGUAGGCAUAGAAAAAUGCUUUGUUUGAGGCAGGUUUGCCUGUUUACUCUGAAGCGUUACCAAGCUCGGACUCUGAGUAGUGAUCUGCUUUUGAGCCAGAUAAAUAGCUGCACCCAUGAAGAUGAAGUGUUCAGCCUUGUUGGAAGGAACAAGGCCAGGCUGUCUGAAAAACACGUGGGAAUUGCAUUGAACAUGCUGUGGCAAUUGCAAAAGAAGAGGCCACUUCUCUUAAGGACUAGUGACUACGUAAGAAAUCACUCCCAGUUUCUUACCCUUUGCAUUUUAGCAGAAAACAAGGUGGAACACAUGGAAGAUGAGGCCAUAGUGGACACCCUAUAUAGUCUUCUGAGGCUCAGUGUUGAAGACCAUGAUUCUCUAACAGAAGCACUUGUUACAGAAGCAUGGAAAAGACUAGAAAGGCUUAGCUUGCCAGCUCUGUCUAAAUUUGCACUGUGUUUAUGCAAGCAACAAAGACAUUUCAGUCCCAUAACUGGCGAAGUAGCUCAUAUUGUGGACAUGAAACUGGAUUCUAUACAGGAUAUAAGGGUCUUGUCAGUUUUGAUGAUCAGCAUAUCUGAUGUUAUCUCACAGAGUUUUCGAGAUCGAUUACUACAGAAGGCUGAGCAGCUCUUGGAAGAAAAGAAUGAAGUCCACUUCAACUAUGCCAAAAGAACACUACAGUUUCUACAAAAUGUUAAACUGAGAUAUCAUCCACUGCUAGAAAAAUGCAACAAGAUUUUCCUUACAAGUGCCUCCCAUCUGGAUAUACACAGUAUUAAUUUUAUUUUGGGGCUAUACGAGCAGCUGCAUUUUGACAAUGCUGAGUUCCGCUUGGUUGCUAAACAGCUGCUGUCUGAAACCAUAGAUGAUUAUGAUGAUCCUGAAACCUUUGCAAAAUUAUUUUAUAAUCUUGGGCCUAUGGCAGGACCCAAGGUAAGGGUGAGGUUGUUAACAACUGCAGAGUACAUGGCAGAAAAAUUCAGCAGUUACCAAGUAUUGCUAAUACUGAAGGCGAUGCAGAAAAUGAACUGCAGAAAUUCACAUCUACUCAAAAAAAUGGCUUGUGUUCUGCAUAAACACUUAGAUAGCUAUCAUGUAUUACAUCUGGUAAAGUUAACACAGUACUUGGUGGCGUUGCAUUGCCAAAAUCUGGAGCUGAUGGCCAAACUAAAAAAGUUACUAUUUGGUUGUUUAAAAUCUAGUGUCAUACCUGCUGAUACUGCUGCAGUAAUUCGUGUUCUGGCCAUGCUUCCUUCCUUUCAAGUGGAGGAGGUCACUAUAAACAAAGUAGCAGCAGCUCUGCCUCAGUUCAGUCUCCAUCAUUUGAAUUGCAUUGCUACAGCUCUUGUCAAGUGGAAUCAUUAUGAUCAGCUGCACUGGCAAAACAGUUCUGAGCUAUGUGUAAAGCUUCUGCAAAAACUAAAUGACUGUGGGUUGCAGAGGCUUCAGAAAGCCAACAAUCUAAAUCUUCUGUUGGAAGAACUUACACAUGUGAAAGGAGAGUGGUUAGAAGAAGUCAUCAAUGAGGAGACUGUGGCCACGUGUCAACGCUUGAUAGACCAGAUAACAUGGGCAAAUGUAUUACCACUGUCAUGUUUUCUCAUAAAAACAAACUACCAUUGUCCUUCGUUACUUGACAGAAUAGCUUCUGUGACUGCUGAAAACAUAGACAAGAUCCACCCCUCUGAAAUCUAUUUUAUUCUCUUCCUUUUCUCUGCUCUGAAUUAUGAUCCUCCUGCUAAUGAAGAGUUCUUUGGGAGUUGUAUCCAACAUCUUACUUCUAACUUGAGUUGUUUUGAAACUCAUCACUUGGUACUACUUGGUCAUGUUUUGGCAGUGGCUGGUUAUUUUCCUCCAGUUCUGAUAACUAAGAUAUUUAAUGUUUCUUUCCUAAGCCAAUUGGAUGCUCAGCUUGAAGUCCUGCCGACUUCCCUAAAGAAGAGGGUCCACAUGCACCUCAUGAAGUUGAACAGAGCAGUCUGUCUGGAAUGUCCGGAGUUUCACAUCCCUUGGUUUCAUGAGCGCUACUGCCAGUGUGUGUAUCAUAGCCAAGAAUCAAGAGCCAUCAAGGAUGAGAGAUGAAGAAGUAGGCUAGUUACCAGCUGAGAUCUUUAAGAACAGUCAUCAGUCCAGAAAACCCAUCUAAUGCAAAUGAAAUAUCUCCUUCACUAAUUCCCAUGAUCUGCUUUGAGACCCAUCACACUCACAUGCUUCAUCUCUGAGACUGAAGAUAAUUAAUGGAGCAAGGGAAGUGACAGAUUGUGUGUGUGGUGUGCCUGUAAUAGACUCAAAAUAAGCAAAUAUUAUUUAAGCAAACAAUCCAUCAGGUGAAACCUGAAAUUAAAAUAUUUGUAAUUUGUGAAUGGGAAAAACCCUAGCAUGGAAAGUCUGGGUUUGAAAUUCACGCCUAAUAGGCACUUGCCAAUUUCCACCCAAAAGAUUAUGACAUCAUUUCUGAAUUAUGAUGGAAUAACAUCAGGGAUCUGUGUAAAAGCUUUAACUCAGUAGGCUGGCUGUCAAAAAUGCAGUGUCACAAAGUGCUAUUUUCAGAGCUUUGGCUGUGGCAGUCUUGAUGUAUGAAUUCUUUAUUUUGUCU